AUGGCAAGCCGGCCUCGUGUGAGCCAUGCCGCCGAGACAAAGUCCGCUGCGACCAUGCAGUACCUGUCUGCACGCGGUGUAGAGACCGAGGAGUCUCAAUCCGUUGACGUCGCGUAUUCCCGUUGGCGGAGGGUGUGCCUUUUGAUCGAGCUCCAUCGACGAGGUGCGUCAUCUGUGACAGUUAUUCUUCAUCAUUUCUGCUCCUGGAUUCAAAUUGGUGUGUCAAUCAUUGACUGCCCAAUGGUCGAAUAUUCUCGCCCAAAGCAUUUCCUGCAGCUAGCCGUGCGCAGAACGGAGUCUGAUGAUCACUUCCCAGAAACCCUCAUGUGA